GACCCUCAUUAUAGAACAGAACAAAGGUGGACCGAUGGGAGUUUUUCUGCAUGAGUUGGACAGAUGUAAUUGGAUAGAGGUGGGAUUUUAGGGGGCAGGGAAGUGCUAGACUGCAUUCUGUUGCUCCAGUGACCCUCCUCUGUAUUUAUUCAAGCCUCCAGUCUGACUAAACCUUGCCCUCAGAGAAGGACUCCCUGAACCUUAAAAAUUAGUCAGUUUACAGAGGAGUAAAAGGAUCGUCCAUCAAGUCUGAUGACAGGCAGUUUGUGGGGCCCAACUCUCGUCAGGAUCAAACCUCAAGCCUGGAGGAGAGCAGCAGUGGGUCUGAGUCCUGGGCAUCUGUUAGCGACAUGGAGCCAGAGCUUGUAAGUCUAGAGACCAGUGAGAUGCUCCUAGUUCAAGAGGACCACAGUGAGAACCACUCCUCCACCUCUGACAUCAUCCACCUAGAGGUGGAUCUCCAUCAGAGGGCGGAGUCAGAUGAGAGGGAGGAGCUUCAGAGCAUUGUGCUGAGCAUGAUUGGCAGUGAGAAGGAGCUGGAAGAGAUUGGAGAAGGUCCUGCAGACUCAGAUCUCAAGCCUCCAGAGACUGUGGAGCUCCUGAUGUGUGUGGAGGAGCCAGCUGUGGAGGAAACUGAGGCAGAGAUGGAUUUAGAGCCAGUUUUCACUCACACUCCUCUUCUGUCUGAGCCUUUAGAUUUUACGCUGGCUUCGGUUCCCAUACCUGAAAUCAUCUCACAGGUUUUAGAUAAUUUCCCACUCUCUACAGUCACAGACCCAGAGGAACCUCAUGCCUCUGAAUCAGGCUCAAUUAAUGCACCUAGUGUGUCAGCGUCAUCUUCAGAAGAGGUUGUUCCGAAGGCAGACCCGCUUUCAGCCCCACCUUUUGAACUCCCUGUGCUGCUGGUUGGUGGCGCCGCCCUGGUGGCGGUAGUGGGAAUACUUACAAUGACCUUGAUUAGAAAGUAGCUGGACUGUAGAUCUCCUUAAUUGUUUCAAAAUUGUAGAACAAUUCGACAAAUUGUAUUACUAAUUUUUUUGUGAUAUAAAAAAAUAGAAGGUUAUUAAAUAUUGUCACUUGUC